UCGUUCUUCGGUCGCUCGUACAACAACCUAAACGCCAUCUCAGAAUGCAAGAACAACGGCGGCUGCGUCAUCAACAAGAAGAACCGGACCUCCUGCAAAGCCUGCCGGCUGCGCAAGUGCAUGUCCGUCGGCAUGAGCAAGAGCGGCUCCCGCUACGGGCGCAGGUCCAACUGGUUCAAGAUCCACUGCCUCCUCCAGGAGCAGCAGCAGCAGAGCAUGAGCAACAACAACAAUAACAACAACACAAUCAGCAAAGGCGACACCGCGGUGGAAGAGCCAGACCGGAAGCAACUCCUGUCCUCGAGCAUGUUCCAACAGAACAUGCUGGACCCACGGCUCCACAUGCACCUGGCCGCGGCGGCGAUGCACCGCUUCACCAGGGAGGAAUCCAUGCUCGGCCUGGACGAGUACAAGAACGCCUCCCUUACUUCCGGGUCCUCGCCGUCGAUGAGCUCACCCGACUCUCACGCCUCCGAUUCGUCGGCGGAGACGACGGACUACAAAUUCAGGCGGAGCCUCAUCUCGCCCGUCACCAAGGCCACCCUCCCGAGUCGGGUCCCCGAGCUUGGGUUCCCGAUUUUCCCGUCUUUCUACCCGGCAUCCUUCGCCAGCCACCCCAACAUCAACCUCAUCCACUUCCCACCGCCCUUCUUCUCCCACUCCAACUCCUCC